ACUCCAAUCGAUAGCAAUGACGACCGACUACAAGUACCUGUUCAAGAUCCUCGUCCUGGGCGACUGCGGCGUGGGCAAGUCCUGUCUGCUGAUGCGCUUCUCGGACGGCCGGUUCACCGGGAAGUACCUGUGCACGGUGGGCGUGGACUUCAAGGUGCGCACCGUGGAGGUGGCCGGCCAGGUGGUGAAGCUCCAGAUCUGGGACACCGCCGGCGAGGAGCGCUUCAAGUCGGUGCUGCCGUCGUACUAUCGCGGUGCCCACGGCAUUCUGCUCGUCUACGACACCACGUCGGCCAGCAGCUUCCAGGGCAUCGAUGGCUGGCUGGAGGAGAUUCGGAACAAUUGCCCCGACAGGGUCAACGUUCUGCUGGUGGGCAACAAGUGCGACGACCUUGAGCACCGCCAGGUGAGCCAGCAGCAGGCGGCCCACUACGCCGACUACCGGGCUCUCGCCUUUCGCGAGGCCUCCGCCAAGAGUGGCGCCAAUGUGAAUCACGUAUUCGCCGCGUUGGCCGUUGCCAUCUUCAAUCGCCUGGUGGCCACGCCCCCAGCCCCCAGUCGCAUGCUGGGCGGGCAGGAUAAAAGGGACGAAGUGCCGGAGGAAAAGGAGAAGUCCCCGGCCCUGGCUCGCAAAAUCCGGCUGGAGGACCACGGCCGCCUGCGGUCCAAACAUGUCAAAUCCUGCUGUUGA